AUGGCGCUAGACAUGAGCGUACAAGAGUUGUUGGUAAUCGGGGACUCUGAUUUUCUCAUAAAUCAAGUAAAAGGAAAUUGGGCAACAAAAAAAGAUAAGAUACUCCCAUAUGUGAAUCUAGUCCAAAUAUUAUACGGGAGAUUCAAGAGUAUUGGCUUCAGGCAUACUCCAAGGGCCCAGAAGGAGUUUGCAAAUGCAUUGGCCACAAUAGCAUAUAUGAUCCAGCACCCUGAGAGUACCUUCAUUGAUCCAUUACAGAUCAUAGUGAGAGAAGAGCAAACUCACUGUCCCCAUGUUGAGGCCGAUCCAGAUGGCCAGCCAUGGUAUGCCGACAUCAAGGCCUACCUAGAAAGAGGGGAGUAUCCCCAUAGUGUUCAGCAAAUCAAAAGAAGACCAUCAGGAGAUUGGCCAUUGGUUCCUUCUUGA